UUCAUUCGUCGUAAAAAGAGAGUAAUUUAAGAGUGUCUCAGUUUAAAACGUACCUCAAGGUUCUGUCAGAAAACGGAGUAACGGAGUGAAACGGACAAAGAGAAGAGUGCUAACGGAGCUAGCCUGGAAGCUAACAGCAGUUAGCAUGGAAGAAGUAAAUAAAAACAUCGAUGGAGACAUCCUGCAGGUGGUGGUGAAAGAAGAAGAGGUUCUCCUUGAGGAUCAGGAGAGUAGCUCCAGUCUAAACCAGGAGGAGCCACCAAAACCAGCAUACAUUAAACAGGAACAGGAGGAACUGUGGAUCAGUCAGGAGAGAGAGCAGCUUCAAGGAGCAGAGGGGGCUGAUAAUAAAAUUUUCACCGUUACUCCUUUGUCUGUGAAGAGUGAAGAAAAUGAUAGAGAAAUACCUCAGUCCUCAAAGUUUGAUGAAGACAAAAGUAGAGAGAGCAGAGACACAGAGCUUUUGAAAACAGAAGCUGAUGGAGAGGACUGUGGAGGAUCAGAAGCAGACAGAGACUUGAAUCCAGACAGUCAUUUUCGUCCAGUUAAUCCUGAAGAGACUCUGCAGCUCUCUGGAUCUACGUUAGGUCAUUCAGGAGACGAUCGUUUCAGUUGCCCAUUUUGCCAGAAAUUUUUUUUCUGGAAAGCAGAGAUGGUCACGCACAUGAGAGUCCACACAGGGGAGAAACCAUUCAGUUGUUCAAUUUGUGGCAAAAGUUUUUCUUAUCAAGGAAGUCUGAUUAGACACUCUGUUAUUCACACAGGGAACAAACCGUUUACUUGCUCAGUCUGUGGUAAAAGUUUUGCUCAACAUGGAAAUCUAAGACAGCACUCUGUUGUCCACACUGGAGAGAAACCUUUUAGUUGUUCAGUUUGUGGUAAAGGAUUUUCUCAAAGUGGAAGUCUGAGAAGACACUCUGUUGUUCACACAGGGGAGAAACCAUUCAGCUGUUCAGUCUGUGGAAAGAGUUUCUCUCAACCUGAAAAUCUGAGUGCACAUUCAGUCAUCCACACAGGGAAGAAACCGUUUAGUUGUUUAGUGUGUGGUAAAAGUUUCUCUCAACAUGAGCAUCUAAAGACACAUUCAGUUGUCCACACAGGAGAGAAACCAUUUAGUUGUUCAGUGUGUGGUAAAGGUUUUCCUCAUCAGGUAAGUCUGAAACGACACUCUUUAAUCCACACAGGAGAGAAACCAUUUAACUGCACUGUAUGUGGUAAAACAUUCACUCGACUUCAGUACGUCAAGAAUCACAAAUGUGUUAGUAAGAGCGGAGAAAAUCAAAUCAAAUCUCAAGAUGCUCAUCAAAUGUGACCCUUCAAAGCACAGAGGCAAAGUCUUGCAGUUUCUGUAUUAAAAUGUUAAAGCUAAAUGACUUUGUUUCCGAAAGAUUUAAAUAUUUAUGGAGUUGAUGAGCUCUCUGAGUGUAUAACCAUUUCCUUUUGUGUGUUAAACCUCUUAUUUAUAAACUUAAACUGAUGAACAAAGUUACCUUAGGAUUGGUUCAGAUUUGGUAGAGUCUUGUCUCCAUGGAGUGCUCAGAUGUUACAUGAUUGUCAAUGUAGAGUUGAAUUCUGUAGGUCAGGGGUGUCCAAACUUUUUCCACUGGGGGCCACAUAUAAAAAUAUAUAAGGAAGGAGGGGACACUUUUAAAUGCCUCAUCCUGAGAAUUGUAAAGUUUUAAAACCGAUCAUAUGAUGGUUAAGAUGUACUUAGUGAUUGGGUAUGCUUCAAUGGCUAGUUAAUGACUGACAAGCCAAUCAUUUUACAGAUUUCAUGGGGCCCUGGUCAGCCCUGGCAACUACUGCUUCUGGCCCUAAAAUGCCACCAGUUCUGCUAUAAGCCUUCAUAAUCCAUCAACACAUUAUACAUCAAAAUACUGUGAUUAUGUUGGUUGCCAAUAUAUUUUCCAUUUUACAAUGUUGUCUUUAUUUAGUUCAGGGCUGCCAACUUGUGAGAAAACCUUGGAGCGAGACUUUGCCAUUUGCGUGACUCUCACACCGAUUGCGUGAGAGUUGGCUGCUCUUGGGCAACAUUCUCAGCUAUAUUUAUCAACAGUUCUAAUUUCUGUUUAUUUGAAUUUUCAUUUAUAUGCAUGUUUUUCUCUCAUUUUGUCUUCUUUUGUGUGGAUUUUUGAAGUUUUGUUUUUAUUGCAUUACCCUCAAUGGGAGGUGUGGCGUGAGUGCGUGUGAAAAGCGUCAUUUGCGUGACUCUCACGCCGAUUGCGUGAGAGUUGGUGGCUCUGAUUUAGUUGCAAACAACUCAAAUCAGUAAAUUUUUCUUGUCAAAAUGUUUGUUUACAGAAUUAGCAUGGCAGUACUGCCUGCUGAAACCAAGAAGUACAACACAGUCAGGCACAAGCUUCAGGUUCAAAUGUGGGCCAUAUUUCAUCUGAUGUUUAGAGUUUGCUGCAGGCCAAUCAAAUAUGGACUGCGGGCCAUAGUUUGGACACCCCUACUGUAGGUAUUCUCAAAUAUAAGAUUUUUAAUUUUAGUAUUACAAUAAACCACCUUUUUGACUAUCAUCAAAGUGAAAAUAGAAGUGUAAAAAAACGUGGAAGACAACAGUGAUGUAUCUCUCAAAAGCUGUAAACCGAUCCCUGAGAUGUUUGAAACGGUUACAUUUGCUCGGUCAUGAUCUCUAACAGUGGUUGUUUUGAGAUCUAAGUUGUGUUCAAUACCUAAUUUGAGUAAAAGUGAGAAGUAGCUUAUUCAUUAACAUCUUCAGAAUAGUUUGAUAUUUACUUUUUCUGGCCUUUUUCGGGUCUCGCCCCUGACUGGUAUCCCAUGUUACUGAGAAAAAACAAAACUAACACUUAAACUUAAAAACACAGAGUCAAAACAAAGCAUUUUGGAAGAAAACAGCAGAAAAUUUCGAGAAAAAAGUAAACAUUCAGUGCUUAAGGUUGAUUCUUUUAACCCUCAGGCCCUCCUUUAAAAAACAAACUCUUCCUCUUAAAGUCCUUUUAGGACAUUGAGUUUAUUUAAAAGUAUUAAAAAUGACUGAAAAAAAAAAAAAAAAAAAAAUGUUUUGGGUCCUCAGCUCCAGUCCUUGUCAUAUAUAGCAGAUGUGAAUUAUUUUUCAUAAUUUUAACCCUAUAAAUGCUGGUUUAUUUACAUAAUGCCACAUUUUCUGACACAAAUAAAUGAAUGAUUUUCUCUUUGAAAAAUGCAAAGCAGAUUUUUUUGUGCAGGGAUUAUCACUCUUGGAUAUGUCAGUGAAUAGCAGCAACACUGAUUUUGACAUACUAUUAAGUUUU